GGGGUGGAGGCUGAUGCCUUCUUCUUCUUCUGUGUUGAGGAUGGAGGAAAGAGGGAACUAGUGGCUCUUCUUCACUCGAGGUUUUUUCGCACAGAGAGAGAGAAAGAGAGAGAUUUGAUAAUCCCAACCUCUCAGCAUCUUCAUCAUCUUCUUCUUCUUCUUCUUCUUCAUGGGAACAGGACUGCUUCUAGAGAUGAAUCUGCUGCACAAGGUUUGAAUCCACCUAGAAACCACAUGGAGCAGGAUGUGGAGAGCCCGGCCAUCAUCAAACCAGGGAAGUUGAAGAAGCACGUCCGCGAGGACCUGCAGAAACAUCUGACAAAACGGGACCGGGCAGAACAGGACCGGGCAGCACGGGACCGGGCGAAGAGGACCCAGCGGUACGUCGAGAAAGACGGGAAGUGCAACGUCCACCACGGGAACGUUCGAGAGACGUACCGCUACUUCACGGACAUCUUCACCACGCUGGUAGACCUCAAAUGGAGGUUCAACCUGUUCAUAUUUGUGUUGGUGUACACCGUGACGUGGCUCUUCUUCGGCUUCAUGUGGUGGGGUAUCGCGUACCUCCGGGGCGAUCUGGAGCAUUUAUCGGACAGCCAGUGGACUCCAUGUGUCAAUAACCUCAACUCGUUCGUGUCGGCCUUUCUGUUCUCCAUCGAGACGGAGACCACCAUCGGUUAUGGGUACAGAGUCAUCACGGACAAAUGCCCCGAGGGGAUCCUUCUGCUUUUAAUUCAGUCGGUGCUGGGAUCUAUCGUCAACGCCUUCAUGGUGGGAUGCAUGUUCGUUAAGAUCUCGCAGCCCAAGAAGCGAGCCGAGACUCUAGUGUUUUCCACCAACGCGGUCAUCUCCAUGAGAGACGGACGGCUGUGCCUGAUGUUCAGAGUCGGAGACCUCCGGAACUCGCACAUCGUGGAGGCGUCGAUCAGGGCCAAGCUCAUCCAGUCGAAGCAGACCAAGGAAGGGGAGUUCAUCCCUUUGAACCAGACGGACAUAAAUGUGGGCUACAACACGGGAGACGACCGGCUCUUCCUGGUGUCGCCGCUCAUCAUCUGCCACGAGAUAAACCAGAGCAGCCCCUUCUGGGAGGUCUCGGAAGCCCACCUGACCAAGGACGAGCUGGAGAUUGUGGUGAUUCUGGAGGGGAUGGUGGAGGCCACGGGCAUGACGUGCCAGGCGAGGAGCUCGUACGUCAGCAGCGAGAUCAAGUGGGGCUACCGCUUCACCCCAGUCCUGACGCUGGAGGACGGCUUCUAUGAGGUGGACUACAACAGCUUCCACGACAUCUACGAGACCAAUACGCCCCCCUGCAGUGCCAAAGACCUCGCCGACAUGACCAACCGCGCCCGCCUGCCGCUCACCUGGUCGCUGGCCAGCAAGCUGAGCCAGCAGGGGCUGCCGGAGUCCGAGCAGGAGGGUCAGGAGACCAAGACCGGCCUGGACAACAACCAGGGGAAAGGCCAGCAGACGGAGAGGAACGGGGACGUCGCCAACUUAGAGAGCGAGUCCAAAGUGUGAUAGAAGACGACGAGUCGGAGGUCCAUAUGAGAUUAUCUCCCGUUCGGGACGACCACAGGAACUAGAACUAAAACGAGGACCAAUGAGCACAGUAGACCAAGUAACCCCUGCACCAAGAACCGCUUCUUCUUCUCAGUGAUUUCACAUUCACAUGUGUGGCCCACCGCUGAACUGAAAACCCUCUGCGGGACGUGCAUGUUUCAAAUAUAAUGUGAUGUCCUCCUGAUGAGAUAUUCCUAUUAUUUUUUCUAUUCAGAUAUUCCUAGGGGCAUUUGCAUAAGUAUUUUUGUACAUACUAUAAAAAUGUUUUGAAUUCUUUGUUUUUGUUGCGGUGUGAAUAUUUGACAGAUGUUUGAUACUAAUUCUUUUUAGGUUAGUUCUGUAUAUUCUCUGCCUUACUGUAUGUAUAAAAGCUUUCAUUAUUUGGUUUUUCAGAACUAUAUAUUAGCAUGUAUAAACAUGAUCUGCAGUUCAUUUAUCUUGUAUUGUGUAUAUAAAAUGUAAUGUUAUAUAAGGAACACAUACAGCUCAAUGGAUGCAAACACUAGUUUAAACCAAUGACCAAUACUUCUCCACAUGAUAAAUGUUUGUUUAAGGUAGUAUUACUCCUUUAGAAGCCUUGACCUGCUGUUUACAGCCGGGUGACUUCAGACAAAUGGCCCUUUAAAAACUGCAUCUCGUCACUUUUGCACAUUUGGAGGCCUCUGAUGGAGGAAGUUAGUCGCCGUUUCAGUCUCCAGAAAUCUCUCACAUGUCACCUAACAGUAUCAGAAAUAAACAAUAAAUUGCAUAUUAUGCACUUGAUGAGA